AUGUCCCUAUCCUGGGAAAGAAUACAGAUAGAAAUUCAGAUCCAGGAAGCCAAGAGAUUUCCAAAUAAGAAUAACCCAAGAAAGAAGCCUAGAAGAAGAGGAAAGAAAGAGGACCCAGAAAUGACUCUUUUCCAGAUGCUGUUGACCUUCAGAGAUGUGGACAUCAAAUUCUGUCCGAAGGAGCAGGAAUUCCUGGGCCCUGCGCAGAGGGCCUUGUACAGGGACAUGCUCUCCCUGGGUGAGGGUCUCUCUGCUAGAUGUGUGAUCAAGGAAUUAUCACCCAAAGAGGAUACUAACAAAGGAGAAAUUUUCCAAACCAUGAUGGAAAGACACAAAAGCGAUGACAUCAAGGAUUUUGAUUUCAGGGAAGUCCAUCAAAAUAUGCAUGCGUCUGAGAGCCAGUGUGGAUAG